GAGGAAAUGUCAUUUGAUAACAAUAUGUAAUCGUGGGAGUAAUUGAACACAAGCAAAGAUUUUGUGAAUCAUAUUAAUUUUUUCAAUGUUGAUUGUUGAUGUCAAAUAAUAUCAAUGUAUCCAUAUUGUUAUUAGUACGUACAUCUCUAAUUAUUUCUCAGUUGAAGUUACCUUUUGAAGUGAUUAAUUACAUGAAGAAAAACAUGAAAUAUGUUUGCUUUGUAUGCAGUUUGGCAGCUAAGCGAAAAAGCAAUUUCGUUUUCUCCAUUAUUGGAUCAAUCGUAUUCAUAACAAUGUACUGGAAUCUGUCUUCAAUACAUUUCUUAAAGCAAGAAUUCAGGGAGUCUAACGAGAUAGUUCGUUGGACGUAUCACUGCGACAAUCACACACAACUGUGCAGUCGCAGAUGGCUGAAGUCUGAUCACGAUGUUCAGAGUCUCCAAACUUGCCAAAUGUCCUGUGGAAUCCCACCCAUAUGGCCCUUACCAACUGGUCAGAUGAAGUUUCUCAACAGGAAAACUUUGUCAUUCAGGAAAAACAACAUCAAAUUUCGUUUGUUGAAAGCUGAGAACUUCAAUGUGAAACGUCUUUUGAUUGGUGCUGCAGAUAUUUUCCUAUCCAAUCUGAAAAGUAUGCCUGAAGUGGGAAACGUUGAUGUGAAAAACGUAGAUAUUAUUGUUACAAUAAUUGGCAAAACUAACGCUACUGAACUAGGGUUCGACAUAGACGAAAGUUAUAAAUUGGAAAUUACAGCCAAUACUUCAAGUGUUUUAGUAUCUAUCAAGUCAUCAACAUUCUUUGGUGCUCGAAAUGCACUGGAAACACUGUCUCAGCUGAUUUGGUUCGACAGUUUGAUUGGACAAUACAGGAUUGUUACUGGUUUGAAAUUUGAAGAUAUCCCGGCUUUCAAUUACAGAGGAAUCAUGCUGGAUACUGGUAGCAAUUUCAUUCCUAUUCAGGCAAUAAAACGAACUCUCAAUGCGAUGGCCAUGAAUAAACUCAACACUCUACAUUGGCAUAUGACGAACGAAUUCAGCUAUCCUUUCUGUUACAGUGAUUGUAUGAGUGCAAUUUAUGGUGCUGCAUCUUCCAACAAGGUUUAUACUUCGGAAAAUAUAUUAGAAAUUAUAAAUUACGCUGCAAUAAGAGGUAUAAGAGUUUUGCUAGAAUUCAAUAAUAACCUGGAUGAUAUAGGCGUGAUUUGGAAUAGUAUUUUUGACGCAAAGAACCAAAUUGAGAAACUGAAAUAUCCUGAAACCAAACAUGGAAUAGCUCACAAGCAUAUGAAUGAAAACAUCUUAUCACAUAGACCCUAUAUGAUUCAUCUGGGACGUGCAGGAAUUAAUCAUUUCAAUGGUGAAUUCAAUUCAUAUUCUAUUGGAAAUGGGAUUUAUAAUGAUAGGGGUAUGUUUUAUAAUGGAGAUUAUGAUGUAGACAAUCAAUUCAAUUUGCUUCCAGUAACAACUAAACCCCUAGGAAAUCUGCCCAAGGAAUUGGAGGUUUCGAACGUUGUUGUUUGGUGUGAUACCGUUAAUUAUUUCAGAAACAUUUCAAGCACCUUUGAUAAUCGAAAUUUCAUUGCACAUGUAAGUUCUGAAAGUUCAGCAAAAGUUGAAGAGAAAUUUCUGAACAAUGGAUACAAAGUAAUAAUUUCGCAUUCGGAUGUUUGGUUCUUGAACAGACUACCAACGUGGUCAACAGUCUACACCCACCGACCAUGGCAGAACUACACCAACAAGCAAGUCAAUAAGGUUGUGGGUGCCCAAGUUUGUCUCUGGACUGAUAAUGUUGAUGAAAACUCGUUGGACUCUCGACUUUGGCCCAAUGCGGCUGCUUUUGCUGAAGCAGUUUGGUCGAAUUCGCCAGACAUUCACGUGGAGCUCGCCACAAUGAGACUGGAUGUUCAUCGGUUGAGAAUGGUUCAGAGCGGGGUAAUGGCUGCUCCCAUCCAGCCACAGUGGUGCUCAUUAAAUCCAGGUGAAUGCUUAUAAUAAUAAACAUUUUCGAGAAUAGCGUUUUAAGCAGUUUCCAAUGCAGUUUCUCUUCACGAGAAAAGUUAUGUCCAAUUCCGGUAUCUUUUGUCCAUAUGUCUGAAGAAUAAUGGAAGUGUAACAAUUCUCUGAACAGGAUUGCCAGUGAUUUGAAGUAAGAUUUUAAGGAACUUACAGAAAUUAUACAAUGAUAAAAAUGAAAAAUGAUUUGGACUUAUUAAUGAAAUCGGGAAUAAAUUGAAAAUAAUAUUCUUGUUUCGCGAUAGAAUAUUUUGAUAGAACUUGAUAUAAGU